AGACACUGAAGUUGCCUUAUUAUGUGGCUGUUUCUUUUCAUUGGUAUUCUUUUGCUGGUGUCCGGAGGAAAGGCAAAAAUUAUAGACAUUAGGUAAGGGAGGCUGAAGAGAAAUUAGCCUCUGUCCCUCUCCACUCUUUCUUAGGGAGAGGGGGGAGGAGAAAUACCUAUGUGAGCGCCUCUCAGUUAUUAUCUCUCAAGGGCAGGAGUCAGCCAGAGGGGGUAAAGCGGGGGGGGAGCGGAGCUUUUAAGGAAGAAGAGAGAUUCUGUUCUGCCAGGUCCUUCUGAGUGUGUCAGAGCAGUGAGAGGAGAGACAGAGAGAGAGAGAGAGAGAGAGAGAGAGAGAGAGAGAGAGGAGAGAGAGAGAGAGAGAGAGAGGAGCCAGAGGGAGAGGAGAGGGGAGAGGAGAUCUGGUGCAGGCAGAGGAAGGCGUGACCUGAAUGGAGAACGCCAGCCAAUUCCAGAGACACACAGGGACUUCAGAACAAAGAUAAGGCAUCGCUGACACCACACCGGGGACGAAGGCCAGGAGCUCGCAGGGCAGGACCAUGAGGUGGCUCCUCCUCUCUCAUGUUCUGUGCUUCUCCCUGUUGAAGGCUUCCAGCCACACUGUGGAGCUAAAUGAUAUGUUUGGCCAGAUUCAGUCACCUGGCUAUCCUGACUCCUAUCCCAGCGACUCAGAGGUGACUUGGAAUAUCACUGUCCCAGAAGGGUUUCGGAUCAAGCUUUACUUCAUGCACUUCAACUUGGAAUCAUCUUACCUUUGCGAAUAUGACUACGUGAAGGUAGAAACUGAAGACCAGGUGCUGGCAACCUUCUGUGGGAGGGAGACCACAGAUACAGAGCAGACCCCAGGCCAGGAAGUGGUCCUCUCCCCUGGCUCCUUCAUGUCGGUCACUUUCCGGUCAGAUUUCUCCAAUGAGGAGCGAUUCACAGGCUUUGAUGCCCACUACAUGGCUGUGGAUGUGGACGAGUGCAAGGAGAGGGAAGAUGAGGAGUUGUCCUGUGACCACUACUGCCACAACUAUAUAGGUGGCUACUACUGCUCUUGUCGCUUCGGCUACAUCCUCCACACAGACAACAGGACCUGUCGAGUGGAGUGCAGUGACAACCUCUUCACCCAGAGGACCGGCCUGAUCACCAGCCCCGACUAUCCCAACCCUUAUCCCAAGAGCUCUGAAUGCCUCUACAACAUUGAGCUGGAGGAGGGCUUCAUGGUCAGCCUGCAGUUUGAGGACAUUUUUGACAUCGAGGACCAUCCUGAGGUGCCCUGCCCCUACGACUUCAUCAAGAUUAAAGCUGGCCCCAGUGCUUUUGGGCCCUUCUGUGGGGAGAAGGCACCAGAACCCAUCAGUACCCAGAGCCACAGUGUCCAGAUUCUGUUCCACAGUGACAACUCGGGCGAGAACCGGGGCUGGAGGCUCUCCUACAGGGCUGCAGGAAACGAGUGCCCAGAGCUACGGCCUCCUGUCCAUGGGAAAAUCGAGCCCUUGCAAACCACAUAUUCCUUCAAAGACCAAGUGCUCAUCAGCUGUGACACAGGCUACAAAGUGCUGAAGGAUAAUGUGGUGAUGGACACAUUUCAGAUUGAGUGUCUGAAGGAUGGGACCUGGAGUAACAAGAUGCCCACCUGUAAAAUUGUAGACUGUGGCACCCCAACAGAGCUGGAACAUGGGCUGGUCACCUUCUCCACGAAGAACAACCUCACCACUUACAAAUCUGAGAUCAGAUUCUCCUGCCAGCAGCCCUAUUACAAGUUGCUUCACAAUAUCACUGGAAUCUAUACCUGUUCUGCCCAGGGGAUCUGGAUAAAUGAAUUGCUGGGGAGAAGCCUGCCUACCUGUCUUCCAGUGUGUGGUCUCCCCAAGAUUUCCCGGAAGCAGAUAGCCAGAAUCUUCAAUGGACACCCAGCUGAGAAGGGCACCACUCCCUGGAUUGCCAUGCUGUCACAUCCAACUGAUGUGCCCUUCUGUGGAGGCACCCUUCUAGGCCUUGACUGGAUUGUGACGGCUGCUCACUGCCUCCACCACCCAGUGGACCCAGAGGACCCAAGACUACACCCCUCACACCUACUCCACCCUUCUGACUUCAAAAUCAUCAUGGGCAAGCACUGGAGGCUCCGGUCAGAUGCAGAUGAACAGCAUCUCCGGGUCAAGCAGGUCAUCCUCCACCCCCUGUACAACCCCAGCACCUUCGAGAAUGAUGUGGCCCUACUAGAGCUGUUGGAGAGCCCAGUGCUGAAUAACUUUGUGAUGCCCGUCUGUCUGCCCGAGGAGCCCUCGCAGGAAGGAGCUGUGGUCAUCGUCAGUGGCUGGGGGAAGCAGUUCUUGCAAAGAUUCCCAGAGACACUCAUGGAGAUCGAAAUCCCGAUUGUUGAGCACCGCACCUGCAAGGAGGCCUAUGCCCCAUUGAAGAAGAAAGUGACUGAGGACAUGAUCUGUGCUGGGGAGAAGGAAGGUGGGAAGGACGCCUGUGCGGGCGACUCCGGAGGCCCCAUGGUGACCCUGGAUAGAGAGAGAGGCCGGUGGCACCUGGUGGGCACGGUGUCCUGGGGCGAGGGCUGUGGGCAGAAGGACCGCUACGGAGUGUAUUCCGACAUCUACCACAACAAGGGCUGGAUCCAGAAGGUCACCGGGGUGACGAACUGAGCCAGCUCCUCAGCCCAGCACCACCUGCACGGGCAGGCAGCAGCAGAGGACGGUCGGGCAUCAGAUGCAAGCAGCCGUUUCUCCUGUCGCCCACCGCCUACCCUGCCCUUCAGCCAACCUACUGCUGCAUAAUAGAGGGAGCAUUCCUGCACCCUUUUUCUUCCCUCUUCAGGGAGGCAGAGUGGCAGAGUGGUCAGAACCCAAGACCGAAUCCAGGCUCUCUCACUUAGGACCCUUGUGCUGCUGACCAGCUGACUUAACUACUUUGAACCUGUUUCUUGGUCCCUAAGAUGCACAUGGCACACCUUAUCUACCUCUUGAAAGUCUGAUGAAGAUGAAAUUAAUUAAUUCAUCCAUAGCACUCAAAGCAGUGCAUGGCCUAAACUCAGUAAAUGUGACGAAGGAGAUGAUGAAGUUCUCUUACAAACCCCCGGGGAUGAUCAGUCCCCCUCUGAUCAUCUCUUUUAUGUGCCCCCUAGUGCUCUAGGGUUUGGUUUGGGUUUUGCCCGGUAUAACUCUCCCAACCCCAAUCCUAGCCCUUCUUCCAUAAAAAGAUAAAAUACACAAGGCCCUUAGUCCCAUGGCAUGGGCCACAACAACAUAAUUAUGCACUUUAACUCAGUACCAAAUUGUAAGGGGGACCGAGAAUGGCCGGGGCCAGGAGGGAGACAGAGAUAGUGGAUUGGAGAGCACACCUAAUGCUAGAACCAGCUCUGUCCUCAGCUUGCCAUGCGGCCUCACGUAAGUUCUUUUUCCUCAUCUUAAAGGGCCCUCUCAGCUCUGACAAUCCCAGAUCCAAAGCAGCCGUAUGCUCCCUGACAUGACUUAAAACUAAAGUAACCCGGGCCGGGGAUUUAGCUCAGUGGUUCUGUCGCUUGCCUUGGAAGCACAAGGACCUGAGUUCGAUCCCUGGUACCAAAAAAGCAAAAAAUAAAAAAUAAAAAAAAUAAAGUAACCCUCAGGCAAAAAUUUCGCUAGGUUCAAAAAAGCUUUGAUGCAAACAAAAUGCUGUUUCUGCUCCUGCAAUUCACCCCUACCCCAUCCACCCUACCUGGUCCCAAAGGAGCAGUCCAGGCAACAUGUAGUCUAUGGGUCUUUCCUUAUUCUUGAGCAGAGUAUCUUUCCUGAGUCCAAGCAGAGCACCUCUCUCAUCCAAAACACUUCCUUUCUCAGGGAGCUUCCAGAGAACUCAUCCCCUCCAAAGCUCUAGAAGCUUUUCAAGAGAUCAGAAGCCCCAAGUGCCUGUCUUCUUUUCCUUUAGAACUGCUUUUCUUGGAGGACAUUAGCUCUUGACUAACACUACAGCUGCUAAGUUGUUCUGAGUCUAUUACUGAAGGGGAAAGAUAAUAGGAGCUGAGAGUUGAUAGGCAUUAGACUCUCUGCCAAACACUUGGAGACAGCAAUUCAUAGCCUGACCUAGUCGCACCUGUGUGUCCUGCUCUUUAGUUCCUAAAGGGGAGAUGACAAAGAGGCCCAACUUCAUUGAAUAUUUAUUAAGCAAGCUGGUGCUCUAUUUUAAACACCAAAGCAGAACUGUGAUUGUGUUUGAAAUUCCUCCCAAGGCAUUCCAGAACACUAUACCUUCCCAUUUUGCACUACCUAGCUUCUCACCCAGUUCUAGGCUGUGCUGACUGCUGCUACAGGGGCUACUGUGAUGAGAAGAGCAUGAUUCAGGCCUUCCAGGAGCUCCUAGAAGGAGCUGUGACAAAUACUUAAGUGACUAUGGCACAUGGGAGUGAACUCUGCUGAGUGGUAUGUUUUGAAGAGGCUUGAAGGUAGAAGAAAGCCCAUUCUGGGGUGGAGGAGUUGGAAGGCAGUACCGGAAAGGCUUCCUGGAAGAGAUGACCAUGCUGAGGGUGGGCAUUUCCACAGAUGGGACACAGGCAGGUCUUCCAGAUGGAAAGAGAGCAAGAGUAAAUGUCAACGUAAGCUUCCUCAGAUUACACCAGCUCUUCCCAUGCAAAGGACAUAUGUAUGAGACAGGUGUUCUAGGGUUAGAACAGACACCUGAAAGAGCCUUUCUCCUUCAGGUCUAGAAUACUAGACUCGAAGAAGUUAAAGGACUAAGUGGGACUGGAAGCACCCUCAGGAUUUAUAUGCAGAUACUGACUUCUGACUGGACCCAGUUUGUCCUGCUUUCCUCCAAUUGCAAUUUCAUCCGUACUCUGAGAAAAUGACUGAAUGGGCCAGGGACCCUCACUUGGCUUUGAUCUGCAAGCAUUUGUUAGAUGGGCAGCUCCUGCUCUGCCCAGAUCUCUCAGAGUUGCAGAGGACAGAGGUGUCUGUUUGGGUUCCUUUUCUACCUCCACGGCCUCAUUCCUGGAUGUCUAUGGUGAUGAGAAACUUGCUACCUUCAAGUGCAGCCCAUUCCAACUUUAAAAUGUGCUGCUGUCAACCAGGUCUCUCUUCUAUGCAAUCAAAAUUUACAUCCUUAGAAUAUAGUUAGUAUAACCAAAGCUAUAAUUUCAUACUGUGAAUCCUGUUAUUAGCAGUAAUGAUCACGCCUGGAUUUCAUUAGCAAUAAAGAUGUUCUUCUAUUGGGAAACUGCACAUUUCUUCUAAUAAACAUCUGCAUUGAGUGAA